AUGGCCCUAACCAAGGUUGUAUGGGAGCUUGCGAAACGUCCAGAAUACAUUGAGCCAUUGAGGGCCGAGAUGCACGACGUCUUUGGACCUGAGGUUGGUACAGGAGCCAUUUGCAUGAACAAGGAAGCUUUAUCUAGACUACAGAAAUUAGAUAGCUUCAUCAGAGAAGUCCAGCGCUGGUGCCCUUCCACAUUUGUCACUCCAAGCAGACGCGUCAUGAAGUCAAUGAAACUAUCAAAUGGUAUCAAGCUAUCGAAAGGGACCUCUAUAGCAGUCCCCGCCCACGCAAUCCACAUGUCCGAAGAGACGCCAAUAUUCUCGCCAGACUUUAGCUCUGGCUUCAUGAACCCGGCACCUCUCAUAUUUGACGGGUUCCGGUACUCGAAUCUCCGAUCUAUAAAAGGACAAAAGUCGCACCACCAGGCAGCCACUACGGGUCCUGACUAUCUGGUCUUCAACCAUGGAAAGCACGCAUGCCCUGGAAGGUUCUUUGCCAUAUGUGAGAUCAAGAUGAUACUCGUGGAACUCUUGGCAAAGUACGAUUUUAGACUUGAGGAUGGAAAGCCAGGGCCUGAGUUGAUGCGUGUUGGGACAGAGACUCGACUAGAUACUAAAGCUUGUCUCGAGAUAAGAAGGAGAUAA